AUGGCUGGAAAUUUUUGGCAAAGUUCGCAUUAUCAACAAUGGCUCUUAGACAAACAAGACCUCAUUAGGGAAAGACAUCAUGAUUUAACAAUUUUAGCAGAAGAUGAAUACCAAAAAAUAUUUAUAUUCUUUUCUAGCGUUAUACAAACUCUAGGUGAACAACUAAAACUUAGGCAACAAGUUAUUGCAACAGCUACUGUGUAUUUUAAACGUUUUUAUGCUAGAAACUCUUUAAAAUGUAUCGAUCCGCUUUUGCUAGCUCCCACAUGCAUCUUUCUUGCAUCUAAAGUAGAAGAAUUUGGAGUUAUAUCAAAUACAAGGCUCAUAACAACUUGUCAAACAGUUAUAAAAAAUAAAUUUGGAUAUGCAUACACCCAAGAAUUUCCUUACCGUACCAACCAUAUACUGGAAUGCGAGUUCUACCUCUUAGAAAACCUGGAUUGUUGCUUAAUAGUCUAUCAACCUUAUAGGCCUCUAUUACAGCUGGUUCAAGAUAUGGGACAUGAAGAGCAACUACUCACACUUGCUUGGAGGAUAGUGAAUGACUCUCUUCGAACAGACCUUUGUCUACUUUAUCCACCAUAUCAAAUAGCUAUAGGUUGUUUACAGAUUGCAUGUGUUAUCUUGCAGAAAGAUCAUAAGUCUUGGUUUGCGGAGUUGAAUGUAGAUAUAGAAAAAAUACAAGAAAUAGCCAGGUAUGUUAUUAAUCUUUUCGAAUUAUGGAAAACCUAUGAUGAAAAGAAGGAAAUACAAGGACUUUUGGCUAAAAUGCCUAAACCAAAGCCAGCUCCACAAAGAUAG